AUGGCUAAAAAGGCGCGCCAGAGGAUCAGCUAUGUCGCUGGUCGUGUGCCUCUGCGUUUGCGUCCCAUCUGGGCUGAGGCCCAUGACGCAACCCCGCACGUCCACACGGUCGAGCGCAUCGCAUCGAGCCUCGCAAUCGCAAGACUCUGCUCUGUCCUCGAGCUCCCGGCCGGUUCCCAAGGCGGUGGUCACAGACUCGGCGUAAAUGGUCUCGCCGUCGACAAGGACAACGCCAUCCUAUACUCCGGUGCCCGUGAUGGCUUUAUCUGUGCAUGGGAUCUCAACCUCAACCUCACCGGCGGCGCGCCCGCCCCCGAGAAGAAGCCCAAGACCACCUUCCGCUCCCAGACACAGGCGCACAUGGCCUGGAUCAACGACAUCGUCCUCGCGAACAACAACACCGCCGUCGUCACCGCCUCCAACGAUCUGACAGUCAAAGUCUGGCGCCCGCAUUCCGAGGCGAACGAGAUCGCAGCCAAGAUUGGUGAGCAUGCAGACUACGUCAAGUGUGUUGCCACGCCCCCGGGUGGCUCCGUCAACUGGGUCGCUUCAGGCGGCUUCGAUCGCAAGAUAUACUUGUGGGACCUUAACGGCGGUGGGAAAACGCUCGAGGUUGAUACCAAGGGAGAUGAAGUUGCCGAGAAGGGCUCUAUUUACGCCCUGAGUGUCGGCCACAACAUCAUGGCCAACGGUGGCCCUGAAUCUGUCGUGCGCUUGUGGGAUCCCCGCUCUGGUAAGAGGGUCACCAAGUUCGUCGGCCAUACGGACAACGUGCGCGGCGUUCUUCUCAACGAGGCUGGCGACAAGGUCUUGACUGCCAGUUCCGAUCACACCGUCAAGCUUUGGAGUGUCACCGCUGGACGCUGUAUGUACACCUUCACUAUGCAUGAGGACAGCGUCUGGUCGUUGUUCUCGGACGACCCUGAGCUUGGCACCUUCUACAGCAGUGAUAGGUCCGGUUUUGUUGUCAAGACGGAUGUGCGGGGAAGCCUCGAGGACCUGGACGAGGGGCUGUCUGUUGCAGUUGCACACGAGUCACACUCUAUUAGCAAGGUCGUGGCAGCAGGCGACUACAUCUGGACGGCGACAAACACUUCGUCCAUCAACAGGUGGUCUAACGUGAAUACCGGACCGGAUCUGCAGCUUCCCGAGGCUUUCAGACGGCAACGGGCGGCAUCCACAGCUUCAAGACCCAGGCAGUCUUCGAACCCCCCACCUGCCAACGCACCAAAGAAGGAGAUAUCCGCCAGGUCAAUCUUGAGAAUAUCCAACACUGCAGCUUUCCCGAUUCAGACCAACGCCGCCCCCGAGUCUCCACCUGCUGUUGGAGCUCACGUGCCUCAGGGAAUUGAGCCCAUCCAUCAAAACCCGGAGGAAACGAUUGAGGGUCAGUUUGGUCUGGUGAAGCAUAAGCUCUUGAACGAUAGGAGGAGAGUCUUGACGCUAGAUACGGCCGGCGAUGUUCUCCUGUGGGAUCUCAUCAAGUGCGAGCCGAUCAAGAGCUUUGGCAAGAGGCAUCUUGAGGAUGUUGAGCCGGAGAUCAAUACCACUGAGGCGGUUGCUCCGUGGUGCUCCAUUGACAUCAGCUCUGGUAGUCUCACAGUGGUGCUGGAGCCAUUCAACUGCUUCGAUGCCGAGAUGUAUGCUGAUGAACUGGUGUUGGAAGAACCUAUCGACUUCCGGGAAGAUCAAAGAAUCAAUCUCGGAAAAUGGGUGCUCCGAUAUUUGUUCGCCGGCUUGAUCGACGAGGAGAUCAAGCGCGAUGAGGCCUACCGCCAGACUCUCAACGAGGCAGUAGAGCGGAGGGUGGCAGCAAGUCGUGCAAACCCGCCGGCAUCAAUAUCUAUCCCGGCCGGUACGCCUGGCUGGGAUGAAACCUCAGGCACUCCUCGAGCCAACGGUUCGCAGUACCCCAUGACCCCCGGUAUGGCUAUUGGCCUUGCAACACCAGGUCCUGGUGGCAAGCUUCAGGAUGUGCCGGAGGGCGGCGCAACCCCGGCCAGUCCCCUCGAUAACAAGUCAUCUCAGUUCAGCCGUCCGUCGACCGAGAAGGAAGACUACUUCACCAGCGCUAUUGGGCCCAUCGAGGGCGCGUCGAAGCCAACCGCAGCGCCUGCAACGCCGGCAACUGAGCAACCACCAGCAGCAGUCGAUUCCAAGUCCAACGCAGACACCGCCAAGGACAAGGACAAGGAAAAGGAGAAGGACCCCACGAAUGGAAAGUCUCCGAGCACGCCAUUUGGCAAGAAAUUCCGCAUGCCCAUGGGCAUGUCGUUCGGCAGUAAAAAGAUUGGGCGGUCUGCCUCAACAACCGCACCGGAGAAGCCUGCUGUUGUCGACGAGAAGGCGGAAGAGUCCGAGGCAUCAUCGACGCAUGAGAAGGAGGUUGACGACAGUUUCUUGGGCGCGAUUCAGAAGAUUCGCAAUGAUUAUGACAAGUCGUUGACCGAAAACCCUGAGAAGAUCAUCGAGACCAAGAUCACGCCAAGCCUGGCCAACGAUACGCCUGUCCUCAAGUUGCCCUCCGGAACUAGGGUUGUUCUACAGGAGGAGACGACGGGAGGUAGCGCCAACAUCUACCAAGGGACAGUGGACACCGUGAGCCAGGGCGCCGACAUUAUUGAACAGCGCGGCCCAAUGUGGCUGGGCGAGGUCCUGCUUCUAAACCAGAUUCCCCAGAAGGAACCUGUCAAGGUCUCCUUUGUGCUGCAGCCGUGGCAGAACAGCUUGCCGGACAUCGCGACGACAGACGGCAACAAUCGGCUGAACGCCAAUAGGAUGCUCCGUGUCAAGAAGAUUCUAGCCUAUGUUGCGGAGCGCAUCGAGGUGCCUGUUGAAAACCCAGAGCCAGAUGCACUUUUGCCGCACGAAUACCUGGAGCUGUACUGCAACGACCAGUUGCUACCCAUCACCAUGACCCUGGCGACACUACGAGCCCACAUCUGGAAGGGCGGUAACGACGUUCAGCUCUACUACAAGGCCAACGGACGGAAAGAGAUCCCCAACCCGAUGCCGUCUCAAGUCACGGCCCCUGAGCCCGAGCCGACUCCCUCACAAGGCACCAACACGCCUCCAGCCGCUACGGCGCAGGCUUGA